CAACAUCUUUUUGGAACAGAGCGAAAGAAGGGAAGAAAUUUUGGCCAUGGCCGAGGGUUUCAAGCUCGAUCAGAAGCACGGUAAGGGAAGGGUUAGGGUUUCUAGGGUUUGGAGGAAGGUCGCCGGCGCUGGCGGUGGCGAUGUCAUCGUCGAAUGGAGCGUCAGCGUCAGCCUCGCCUCCGACUGCCAUCCCGCCUACACCGCGGACGACAACUCCGCCAUCGUCGCCACCGAUACCAUGAAGAACACCGUUUAUGCCAAGGCGAAGGAGUGCUCCGAGGUCGUCUCGAUGGAGAGCUUCGCUGUUCUUCUCGCAAGGCAUUUCACGGCGUUCUAUCCACAGGUCACGGCUGCGACCGUCAAUAUCGUUGAGAAGCCUUGGGAACGUGUGGUGGUGGACGGACAACCCCAUUCACAUGGAUUUAAACUUGGGUCUGAGAAGCACACGACUGAAGUAACAGUGAGCAAGCUUGGUGCUUUGAGCAUAACCUCGGGUGUUCAAGAAUUGGCCCUGCUAAAAACAACGAAGUCAGGUUUUGAGGGGUUUGUAAGGGACCGUUACACACUUCUCCCAGAGACAAGGGAAAGAAUGGUAGCAACAGAAGUCACUGCUUUUUGGAGGUAUCCUUUUGAACAUGUUUCUGAUAUUCCGGCCAAGCCGUUCUGUUUCACAGAGAGAUAUGAAGGUGUGAAGAAAGUUCUGGUUGAUACCUUCUUCGGUCCACCGGAUGUGGGAGUUUACAGUCCAUCCGUUCAGAACACACUCUUCCUCAUGGCAAAAGCUGUUCUGAAUAGGUUCCUAGAUAUAGCAUCAAUUCAGCUCAGAAUGCCAAACCUCCACUUUUUACCAGUCAAUUUAUCUAGCAAGGAAAACCCAGACAUGGUGAAGUUUGCUGAUGAUGUCUAUAUGCCAAUUGCUGAGCCACACGGUACCAUAGAAGCUACACUGAGCCGCACCAUGUCCAAGAUGUAGACAUUGUUGGGUCUAUAUAGAACAAUAAAUUGUUAAAUAAGUGCCAUUGUAUGGCCAUCUGCUUCCCUUUGGGGUUAUUAUCAUCUUGGUUGCAUCAAGAGAGACGUCUAUUUGCUGUAAUCUGUACUUUACAUCUGCUCAUGCAUGUACAAGGUAGCAUUUGAAAUAAUAUGGCUCAAGUGAUUUGAUAGGAUUA